AUGGAAGACCCCAGUUUAAUGUGUGAAAGCUUCAUCAUUUUUGACUACCUCUUGGCUCUGUCCAUGACUUUUGCAAUUGAAGAAAUAAACAGAGACCCUCGUUUAUUACCAAACGUUACCUUGGGAUUCCAGAUUUUUGACUCAUGUUAUUCUAAAGAAAGGGCCCUUUUGAGUACCCUGUCAUAUUUAACAGGAAAACAUGAUCUAGUUCCAAACUACAGCUGUAAAACUGUUUCCUUAUUACCUGCUGUAAUUGGAGAUACUCCAUCAUCAUCCUCCCUGAUCAUGGCUACAGUACUGGGACUCUACAGGUACCCACAGGUGAGCUACGGUUCUUCAGUUUCCUUGUUGAGUGAUAAAAAGAUAUAUCCAUCAUUUAUGCGCACUGUUCCAAAUGAUGUUUACCAAGCUCUUGGUAUAGCUCAGAUGUUAAUUCAUUUUGGUUGGAUUUGGGUGGGGAUUCUAGCCUCAGACAAUGAUUAUGGAAUAUUGGGUGGUCAGGUCCUCCAGAAAGAAAUUCUUAAGGCUGGAGGUUGCACAGAAUUUUUUGAAAUUAUCACAAAAGAUAAAUGGAAGAUUUCUUCUGUUGUUAAUGUGAUUCGACAGUCAACAGUAAGUGUCAUUGUAGUAUAUACUACUGGUGAACAUUUAUUUCCAUACCUGGAGGCCAUUUCUGCUCAAAAUGUGACAGGAAAGGUCUGGAUCAGUUCUACUGGCUGGCAGAUAUUCAUAAAUAUAUUAAAUAUGAGGACUGUCCAAAUGUUGAAUGGUAGUCUUGGAUUCUUUAUCCACAAAGGCAAAAUUCCUGGACUCACAGAUUUCCUGUACAGUAUCCAGCCAUUCAAAUCUCCUGAUGAUAUUUUUAUGACAACAUUUUGGGAGGAAGCUUUUGGCUGUCAGUGGCUAACAUUUGAUGGAAAUUAUUUGUUGCUGAACUUAACAAACAAAAAAGUUUUACCUUGUACAGGUUAUGAAGAUUUAAGAGCACUCAGCAUUUCUGUUUAUGAUGUGUAUAAUUUCACUUACAUGCUUAACAUAUACAAUGCAGUAUAUGUGGUAGCACAUUCCCUUCACAACAUGCUUUCGUGUAGAAAUGGAGAAGGACCAUUCCAAAAUGGGCAAUGUGGGAGUAUCCAUGAUUUCCAGCCGUGGAAGCUCCUCCAUUAUAUUAAGAAUAUCAAUUUUAAAAAUACUGGAGGUGAAUAUAUGUAUUUUGAUGCAAAUGGUGACCCACCUGCAAGGUAUGACAUUUUUAACUUUGUUGCGAUCCCGCAUGCAAACAGCGGUUACUUUCAAGUGGGCAGCUUUGAGAACAAAGGUCUUGGAAGGCUAAAACUCACCAUCAGUGUAGAAGAUAUUUUAUGGAAUGAAAAAUUUAAUCAGAGAUGGUGGAAAAAGCUGGACAGGUCACAUUUGUGCUUUGUGAAUAUGGUACAAGUGCUUACAGGAAGGAGGCGUGUACCCCAUUCUGUCUGCACUGAAAGUUGUCAACCUGGAUACCAAAAGGUUUCUCGUCGAGGACAACCUCUCUGUUGUUUUGAUUGCUUAGCCUGUUCUAAGGGAGAAAUCAGCAAUGAGACUGAUACUGUGAGCUGUAUAAAAUGUACAGAGGAUUUCUGGUCCAAUGAUAAGCGAGAUACUUGUAUUCCAAAAAGCAUGGAAUAUCUAUCCUAUGAAGACCGCAUCGGAGUUUCCCUGCUUUUUUGCUCAAGUACCCUGAGUGUUUUCACAGUUUCAAUUCUCUGCAUUUUCAUUAAGUUCAAGGACACUCCAAUAGUCAAGGCUAACAACCGUGAGCUCAGCUACUUUUUGUUAGUGGCCCUUGCACUCUCCUUCCUGUGUUCCCUAUUGUUAAUUGGUCAACCCAUGAAAAUGAGCUGCAUGUUUCGCCAAGUGGUGUUUGGUUUGACAUUUUCUGUAUGUGUGUCAUGUAUUUUAGCUAAAACAGUCACUGUAGUGAUUGCCUUUAGUGCCACGAAGCCAGGGAGCAGACUGAGGAACUGGGUAGGAUCCAAAGUAUCCAUUUCCAUUGUUAUUAUUGGAUCACUGGUUCAGGUGAUCAUUUGUUGUAUUUGGUUGUCUGUAUCUGCUCCAUUCCCAGAAUUCAACAAGACUUCAGAAGAUGGAAUGAUAAUCAUAGAGUGCAAUGAAGGUUCAGUGAUUGCAUUUUGGUGCAUGCUGGGAUACUUAGGCUUGCUAGCCAUUGUCUCAUUUGUGGUUGCCUUCCUGGCCAGAAACUUACCUGGCAGCUUCAAUGAGGCUAAGUACAUUACCUUUAGCAUGCUUGUGUUUGUCAGUGUGUGGCUGUCAUUUAUCCCUGCUUACCUGAGCACCAGGGGGAAGUACAUGGUAGCUGUGGAAAUAUUUGCCAUCUUGGCUUCUAGUGCUGGAAUUCUGGGCUGUAUAUUCCUGCCCAAGUGUUACAUUAUAAUACUGAGGCCAGAACUGAACACCAGAGAAUAUAUGGUAGGGAAAGAUAACUCCAAAAGUCUAUAGCAAACAAUAUAA